CUAAUGCCAUCUAGAUACGUAAUUCUAAUUCCGAUCCAUGAGUUUAUUCAGUGCAGUUACGAGAAAAACGCAACGUGAUUUUGUCAAAGAAUGACCGAUGGAAAAUUUUACGCAAUCGUUGAAUUUGAAGAUGGUCUUCAAAUGAUUCCAAACAAUUGGUUAAAUUUAAGUGUAAUGAAAGCCGUUUGGCCAAAUUUUACAAAUUACAAGCGAUAUGACAAAGCGGUGAAGUUAAUGGAAGAGCCAGAAUCUACCUGGAUUAAACAUCCCAUUCGAAAAAUAUAUGGAAUAUAUACUGAUUAUACAGUGGCACAGCAAAAAUUAAAAGAAGCUGAAAAACUAUUAAAUUUGAGUUCCAAUACGGAAAAAGAAGAUUAUCUUAAAAAACCAAGAAAAAUUAGAGCUAUUAAACUCUUGGACAGUGAUAGUGAUGAAGAACUGUCAGACAAUUCUAUUAAAAGCCUAAGCCCUUCUAUAAAAAAACGUUGUUCCAUGUAUCUCUCUGUUGCAAAAAAACAAAAAAUCACAAAAAAUGCACAAGAAGAUUUGAAUCGCAUUCAUGAUACAGAAUGUCUAAGCACAGAGAAUAUUACAACGUUAAAUGGUUGCAACAUAAAAAAAGAAAAAGAAGAUGAAUUAGCUCUACAAAAUAUAUUUUUUGUCGAUAUAGAAGACAUCCAUUCUGGAAGUAAUGAUGAUGACAAUAACAAGGACCCACUCUCAAAUUCAAACUUGAAAUUUAAAAAACAAGAAUUGGACAAUUUUCAAUGUUUUGUCGUACAGAAACUAAUAAAUAUAGACAAAAUUUUAAAAAUAUUAGUAAAUGAUAUGAACAUAUUUCAAAUGACUGUUUUCCAAAAGCUUGCAAUUUCGAAAAAUGUGAAAAACGAAGAAAAUAUUGAUGUUUUUGCUGAUUUACCAUUGAAAGACGAAAAUGAUUUAAAAAUAAUGGAGAGAAAAUUAAAAGAUGAUCCAGAAUAUCGAAAUCAGAUGAUUAAACAAUUGAAUCGUAUAACAUCUGAACAUGUUAGAUUAUCUUGCAUGCGAUUGAUAAAAGUCAUAUUAUCAAACGAAUUGGCAGUAGAAUAUAGUUGGUAUGGAGCGAAAAAGAAACUAGUUUUCUCAACACUGGAGAUAUGCAAAGUAAUGAUGAGUGUGUUACGAAAUUCACAUCCAAAUGCAACAGACGACGAACUCACAAACCCUAUUAAAAUAUGAUCAGCCCAUGCAAAAGAACGCUUAAAAAGAGUAAAAGAAUUGCAAAAAGAACUAGAUGAUACUCAUUGAUAUAUGUAUAUUUAUUUUUCUUUCUUUUUACAAGCAGAAUGAGUGCUAUUUUUUGCACUUCUAUUCAAAUUCUAUAUUAUUUCCCGUAGAGCCUUUUGAGCGAAGAAUAAUUAAGUGCCUUCGAUCUCCUUUACAAAUAUAAUACACAUAUACAACAUAUAUGUAUAUUAUGGAUGCUUUCCAAUUGCAAUAUCCGUAAACAUUUUCGUGCACACAGCGACACUGGUUGUAUUCCAAUUGUCUAUUAUCGUCUACACAAUACUACACACAUCUGUACUCAGCCGAGGGUUGUGUAAGCUUGUGUUUUCUAGUGACAAUUACAUGUUACUAACCGCGGCGUUGAGUGGCCAGCACUUUUAUUUUUUUUUAUUUAAU